CACGCAGAAGCUCCCGCCGAAACAAAGCCCGACGCCGACUCGCCGCCAUUCAGUCCACGCGCAAGCUUCACCGUGAAAACAACUCCCGAAAAAUCUUUCAUUAGUAUUUAAAAGUGCACCGGGCUGUCCCAAUCGGAUUAUCUUUGUCGUGCGUCUCAGAUUUAAUUACAUUAAAUCACAAUGUCUCAACUGCAAGCCGGUCAGCAGCUGGUGAAGAAGACCAUGGAUGAGAUGAUCCAACAAAAACAAACCACAGAAAAGGUUUCCAUUCAAGCAAGACAAGAGUUCAGUGAGAGUUUCCAAUCAAGUUACGAAGAAGAAUUUGAAGAGGAGAUUCACAUCGAUGCGCACGGAAACCAGGUGUCGAAGAGAAUUGAAUCCAGCAGUGAGAGCUCUGAGCAUUCUAAGAGCGCUGAUGUCCGGGUGAAGGCUUCGGGACUCAACAAUGAACAAGUGCAAGCACUCACGGACUGCGCAAACCAGGCGGGACAACUAGCCCUGGACUCUAAACCCGCAAACUGAACGCAUGUGUCCUUACAAUCGUGCCUGUGAUGGUGGUUUCAAAGAGUGUCAAAGACUGUGUCCAGUGUUCCUUAUUAUUUUAUGAUAAUAAUUAUUUAUAAUAAAAAAAAUACAUCAUAAAAUAUCCUGAAAUUUUAAUAAUAUAUUGAAUUGUGUCGUGUGCUUAAGUGUAAAUGGAAAGUGUAAGUUAGCAUAAAAUGGAAGAGGAAGACGACGAAAGAAAAAUUCGCCGGGCAAACCUUGCCAAGUUUAGUUCUCUCAAUUCUCGCGUGGUGCACCAGUCUCUCGAGGAGGGUUGCGUGCGAA